AAUCCGCAGUUCGAAUGUUCGAUAAACUUUUUUUUUCAUUCUUCCCUUUUCCUUCGUUCUCCCUUUCACUUCCCUUCGUAACUUUUGUCUCUCCUCCUUUCUUUACUCUUCCUUCCCUCUCAUUUUCCCUUUACUUUUACAUUUCCCUUUUCUUUUCUUUCUCUUUUCCACUUUUUGUUGAAAAAAUCUUAAUUAUCUCUCCUUAGAUGCGAACUUC